AUGUCGGCUUCUCGCCACCGAAACCCAUCGACCGCUCAUCAGUCCAUCUCCCGUCCUCUAGCAAGCGUCAUGGAAUCCACCAUCAAGUUCAAAAGGAGCAGUGGCAAGGCCAACUUGAGGAAAAGAAGGCCCGCAUUCUCAACCGCAUCGUCCAGCGACUCUGACGACAGCCCCUCAUCCCAAGACGACACCAAGCCGAGAGGAACCCGUGUCAAGCGAUUGAAAACAAACCCAAGUGCACAAGGGUCGACAACGACAUCCUCACAGGAUCUUUUCCCGACUCUCUUUGCAGCAGAUCGCACUGUUCCCAUAACAAACAAAAAUGACGCAACCAAUUCAGCAAGAGCCGUGGGGCCGGUAAAGAGGCCGACCAACGUCCGCACCACAGUGACAACGGAUUUCGCCCCAGACGUUUGCAAAGACUACAAACAAACCGGUUUCUGUGGCUUUGGAGAUAACUGCAAAUUCCUCCACAGCAGGGAAGACUACAAGCAGGGUUGGCAGCUUGAUCGUGAAUGGGAGGACGCCACCCGGGGGAAAAAGAAGGUACCCGGCACAGUAGUCGCAAGCAUCGACGGCAAAAAGGCCAAAGAGGAAGAAGAUAGCGACGAGGAAACCUCCUUGGAGAGCAUACCCUUUGCUUGCAUCAUCUGCAAGGCGUCUUACAAGGAGCCUAUCGUCACCAGGUGCGGGCAUUACUUCUGCGAGUCGUGUGCACUAAAGCGAUAUCGGAAAGACCCGACCUGUGCUGCCUGUGGUGCAGGCACGAACGGCGUCUUCAACUCAGCCAAGAGGCUUGAGAAGCUACUAGAGAAGAAGAGAGAGCGUGCUGCAAAGCGGCGGCUAGCUGGCACCGAAGCCCGCGACGAGGUCAGCGACGAGGUCAGCGACGAGAAUGAAGGCUAG